AUGGGACCCAUUGCCAGGGCCUUAGCCUUGGAGCUGCUGGAGCACUCCACUCCGCAGCAGUUUCUGCUGGUGAAGGACGGUGUCACUGUGAAAUGCGACCAUGACAGGAGCGGUGCACGACACGUGGGACAAAUAAUAAUUUUGCGGAAAGAGGAGUAUCAAGCUGAGUCGGUUGAGAAUGCAGUUGCUGAUGACACAGAAGAAUCUGUUCCAUCCCCUUCCUCCCUCUUUUCGGAGGAGACAACACGAGACAAAGCUUCCUCUAUUGCUAAGCCGCGAGGCUGCGGAGAAUACUUCUUGCUGUGGGUGCCAUAUUCGUUUAUUGAUUUUCAGGCCCAGAAUGCGGGACGACUGAGCUCCAGCGGCUCCGCUGGCGCUAAGGCCCCCGCAAUGGAGGCCUUAGAAUGGAGGUACAUUAUGUGUGUGGCGGUAAACAACAUUGCAAAGGUGCGGAGACGCACCCAGUCAGAUGGAACCCGCACGGUUGAGUUAUGCUUUCUCGAUGGUGCGACGGGGCAUCCGCUGAUCUUCAUGAACGGCGGCGUGACGAGGUUUCUUGAUGUUCUAAGGGGCAUCUCACCGCUGCGGCAGAGUAGCGUUACCGCGGAUGACUUUCUUGUCUACGCCGCUGACGACGCAGAGACGGCGGCCACCGAUGGACUUGGAAACGCGACUGCGACGCGCGGGGGCGGCGCCGGCCUCCACAGUGACAAACGACGUUCAUCGAACGGACGACUGGCUGGGCGGUCGCCGCGGCCUAAUGACGUGGAGAACGUGUUGUAUGAAAACCAUGAGCGAUCCCUGCUAUCGCGUCUCGCUGCCACAGUCGCCACAAAAAUUGACAAAGUGCGCUCGCAGCGCUCCCUCAACCUCGCUCAGCAGCGUGGGAAGGGCAUGCCCACGUGUCCCACCACGCCCUCUCUCUCGCACGCCGAUGAAUCGCUGUCAGAGGAGCGGUUUGAGUUUGUGGAGGAAGUUAUCCCGGUUGAAUCUCAAACGCCCCGCAUUCCAGCACCAAUAGACCGUGCAAUGGGGCCCCCGCUCACAGCAGAGGUGUGGAAUAGUUGCUUCACGGGAGAGGAACGUCGCGUUGACCGGGGCCGCUACGCCAAGGCGCUGGCAAUUGCCCAUGCAGGUGGAAUAGAAAAGGAAAUCCGGAUGGAGGUGUGGUGCUUUAUGCUUCACGUGUACCCGGACUUGUUUGAGUCAACGGAGGCCCAGCGAGAGUCCGUGCGUGAAAGGUAUAAGGCCAUGUACGAACAGCUCAAGCAACAGUGGGAAAGUAUACUUCCAGAACAAGAAGCCAACUUUUCCGCCUUUCGUGGAAUGCGUGCGGCGAUUGAAAAGGACGUGGUACGCACGGAUCGGUCCCACGAAUCCUAUUUGGAUGCAGACGGCGCGAAGCAGCGCAUGCUAUACAAUGUGUUAAUGACUCACGGAAUGUUAAACUUUGACUUGGGUUAUUGUCAGGGGAUGAGUGAUGUGCUUUCCCCCAUUGCUCUUCUCGCCGAGACAGAGGAAGAGGCAUUCAUGUGCUUCUCCCGCUUCCUCACUGAGCACUGCAAGGGCAACUUCUGCAAGAAUGUUAAAGCGGGCAUGGAACAGCAGCUUGAGGAGCUGCAGUUACUGGUUCGAGUUUUUGUCCCACGUCUCUACAAUCACUUGGUGAAGCAAAAUUCAGAGGAGAUGCAGUGCUGCUUUCGAUGGAGGCUGAUGCUCUUUAAGCGCGAGUUUUCCAUUGAUGACAUAAUGCUGCUGUGGGAUGUCAUUCUGAGUUGCCCCUACACGACAGGUUUUGAGCUAUUUGUCACUGCAGCGUUACUGAAGGCCUUGUCGCCGCAGAUACUUGAGCAGCACCUGACGCAUGAUGAGCUGCUGCAAUUUACGAACAGCAUCGCUGGUAAGUUGGAUGUCCGACACCUCAUUCUGUUGGCGCAGGACUUUUACGAUGGGGUUGCCAAGUGCGCUUUGGCAAUGGAGAGGCACGAGACCGCCGUGGGCAACUACCGGCCGACACUAAAAGAAAUUAUUUCUCUGCUGAGACUUGCUGAAAUGGAGGAUCCCCGUGCCGUUGCGGAGUGCGCAUUUGAAUGA